CCCUUCCUCUCUUUAUACGCAGGUGAACUGAAAACCAAAAAUCUCCACCAGAGGCAUAGAAGAGAUAGAGAGAUAGGGGGAGGGAGAUGGAGAGUGCGAUGUGUGGGAGAUUUGCUCUCUCUCCCAACCACGUCUUCAAUUCUAAGCCUGGGGAGAUGCAUCAAGAGUCAUACUUAAUUUGCUUAUAUUUGUGUAAUACUAGUAUGCUGACCCUCUCUUUUGGGGACAAAUAUUCUUCUUGCAGAGGACCAUGCUCCAAUCUUUGCAUUCCCAUGGCUGUAUUAGCAACAGGACCAGGCAGAGGAGGAGGACUGCUGGAGAAGCCAGUUAUUGAAAAAGGAACUCCUGGCCGUGAAUCUGAAUUUGACCUGAGGAAAUCACGGAAAUUAGCGCCGCCAUAUCGAGUAAUAUUGCACAAUGAUGACUUCAACAGAAGGGAAUACGUUGUACAAGUAUUGAUGAAGGUCAUUCCUGGCAUGACCCUUGAUAAUGCAUAUGACAUCAUGCUAGAUGCUCACUACAAUGGAUUGUCAGUGGUCAUUAUCUGUGCCCAAGCUGAUGCUGAAGAACACUGCAUGCAGCUAAGAGGCAAUGGCCUGCUGAGUUCAAUUGAACCUGCAAGUGGUGGGUGCUAAUCAUUGGCCUCUUUGUAAAUCUGAUUAUGUUCUAUGUUGUUGAAAAGCAAAAUUUCCAGAUUUUAGUCUGUGUACAUAAAUUUGUCCUCAUGAACGUUACAAGAACAAAGAAAAGGAGAAAAGGUAUGGUCAUCCUGUGAAUUAUAAGGGAUGGUUGUGUCUUUCAAUAAAAAAUUUCACAACUUCCGUAUCAGAAAUGUGGUUACUUGGUGUUGUUAACGUAGGUGACCACAAUGAGUCUCUGCUUUGUCUUUAGUUUCUGUGAAUAGGACUUGUUUGGGUAAUGCCAGUUGUACGAAUGUGCCGUUGUGUUGUCAGUAGAAAACGAGUUCGUGUAUUUCUUUUGUACCUGCGUCUAGUAACUCGUAUAAUAGUUGUGCAUAAUUAUCUUGUGAGUUUAAUUUUCA